AUGGGUAUCCCUGCUCACUUUCUCCAACCAUACCCAAAUAUGGUCCUAGGAUUAAGCGGAGCCUUGACUUCUGCCAAAGGAUCAAUCAAACUCAAAUUUGAGUCUGGAUCAGCACCUCAGCAGUUGAAGAUGUACUCCGAGUUCGUGGUAUUCGACACCCCCUCCCCUUAUGACGCUGUGAUGGGACAGCCCCUACUCUUUAGCUUGAGAGCAGCAGUUUCCCUAUAUCACUAUUCUAUCAAGUUUCCCACACCCCAUGGUGUGGGAAAAGUCAAAGAAAAUAGGGAGCUCGUCGAAAGAUGCCAAUGGAAAACUUGUACCAGCCAUCAAUGCAGCUCCCCGGGGGACCAAAUAAAGGAACUCAAAGUCGGGUGCGAGUUGCAGCCCUCCACCCGAAGCAAGAUUGUGGCUUUCCAAAAAGAGAAUCUCGAUGUUUUUGCCUGGGAUCACAGUGACAUGAGAGGAAUAGAUCCUACUAUUACAUGCCACAAAUUAACAGGUGGAUCCUUUAGCUCAGCCAAAGCAGCAAAAAUGACGACCUCUGAUUCCUGA